AUGCAUAGAGCGUUGUGGUCUCACUGCGCCAGCCAUGUAAAGCGCCGCCAUGCCUUUUCUGCAUUCUACUCCGUCCUCACACGCCCUGUCAUCGCCAGCACCUGCCAACGGAGACCGCUGCAGUUCCCCCCUGCUACCCGACACAUAUCAUGGUCGUUCAAGCAGCCACAGUCCCAGGAGUUCAUUGAGCACCCUGACAACGAAGAGGAUGUCGCACGGGCUGCUAUUCUCGACAAGGUCAUGAAGGGUCGGCAGCCCACCGAUCUCAUGCUUCGUUGUACCGUACUUGAUGCCGAAGGAAACGUGAAGACCAUCUCGGGCCAAUUCAAGAAAUCAGAUCUCUGCGCCGAGCACCGUUUGAAUGCCCGUGACCUCCGGAAAAUCGAUUCGAGGGUUCCGAAUCUCGUCCCCACAAUCCUCGUCCGAAAGGAAGCAAUCUUGGUCAAUAUGCUUCACAUUCGCGCGCUCGUGAAGGCCGACGCCGUUGUGCUUUUCGACACAUACGGUUCUGCUGAUUCACGGCUCCACUCAGUCUUCCUGUAUCAUCUGGAACACAAUCUCAAAACGAAGGGGACAGGUCCGCCGUAUGAGUUUCGAGCUCUUGAAUCUAUCCUCCUUUCAGUGCUUAGCGCACUUGAGGCAGAGAUGGUCUUUAUCCGAAACCUCAUCGGCGGGCUCCUGGCUGAGAUGGAAGAUAACAUUGACCACGACCGUUUCAAAAGGCUCCUGCAUUAUUCAAGACGGCUCGCCAGCUUUAAAAAUAGAGCCACGCUCGUCGAGGAAGCCAUAGAUGAGGUCCUCAGUCAAGAUGAGGAUAUGGACGCCAUGUACCUCAGUGAUAAGAAAAACGGCGUUGAGCGUGCCAAACACGAUCACGAGGAGCUCGAGGUCUUGCUAGAGUCCUUCUCGAAGCAGGUCGAGGAAAUUGUGAACGAGGCGGAGAACAUCGAGAAUAACGUACAGUCGACUCAAGAAAUUGUGGAGCUCAUACUGGACUCUAAUCGGAAUGCACUGCUGGCGCUGGACCUUCAGGUCUCAAUUGCGACCCUUGGAGUUGGGUCCGGCGCGUUGGUUGCUGGUCUGUUUGGCAUGAAUUUGCUAAGUCACAUCGAACAACACCCAUACGCCUUCUACGGCAUGACCAGUCUUGCCACAUCUUUGGCUUUCGUCGUUGCAUGGGCCGGGCUCCGGAAGCUUGCAAGGAUACGUAAAGUCGGCCUCUCCUCGACCGCGACCUCGGCUACACAGCAGCAUAGAAGUCAUAAACUGGGGAGAGCAUGGCUACCAUUGCCCUUGCGGAACAGGACUCCAGGAGGCUGGUCGUAA